CGUGCCCCAAAGUCCUAGUUUGUCCCCAUUGAGACAGGCGCCAUCUUGAAGCCAGGCCUUUGUCCCUCCAGAGCCAGAGAGCCCCCGGGUGCAGAGAGGGAAGCCCAGAGCUCAGCCCAUGGGGGGAGUUGUGUACUUUGGGGACCUCCCGCCGGAUGAGCCAGAGGAAACCGGUAUCUUGAGCCCGUGAGUACGGCACUCACUGUCCCUGGGCCAGGGUGUGUGUGUGGGGGGGUGACUGUACCCCUGAAGCUCCAAUCCCCUUUCUCUGCUUCCCCACCCAUCCAGCUUCAUCCACAAGGCCCUGCCCCCCAGGUCCAGCCAGAAGCCCCCCAGGAAAGAAACCCCCAUCAAGACCCGCAGCACCCCUGAGAGCACCCUGGUCCUGGAGCUGGAGGGGAUCCUGGUCUGUUGCUCCCUGACAUCCAGCCAGGACGCCGACUGCACCUUCCUCACAGACUUCCAGGGGGACGCUUAUCGGGUUUACAUGAAGCUGCGCCCCCACGUGCAGGAGUUCCUGGAAACUCUCUCCAAAGCCUACGAGAUCUUUGUCUUCACCACCGCGAAGCAGGACUACACAGAGAAGAUCCUGGAUGUCUUGGACCCUCAGAAGAAGCUGAUCAGGCACCGCCUCUAUCAGCAGGACUGCCUCUGCGAGCAGGGUUACUACGUGAAGGACCUCUCCAUCCUGGAGAGAGACCUGGCCAGGACAGUGGCCCUGGAUGAUUCCCUCCAAGGAUUCCCUUACCAGAUUUCCAACUGGGUCCCGAUCCCCGGCUGGCUGGGAGACCGCCAGGACGAGGAGUUGCUGCGUGUCCUCCCGCUGCUGGGGAAGCUCAGCCAAGCGGGUGAUGUCCGCACUGAAAUCCGGAGGAAAUACCGUCUCUGCAGGCUACUGGCUGUGGACUGAUGUCUGCCCAGGGACUAAGUGUAGAGGGAAAACCCCAUCCCAGAAGUCUGUCCUGAUGGGCUGCUCUCAAACAUCCCAGAUGCAAAGUGCAGCACUGCUGCCCGGUUCCAGUCAGCAACAGCACAAACUUUAGCUCCGCUCCCCUCCUACCUACGCAGCUGGGAAAACGGAGCUUGGCAACCCAACGUGAGCACAGAGGGCAGCUUCCUACAGGGGAAAUCCAAAUCUGACCCCAAACUUUCAAGAUCUACAGUUCAGAAGUAACUAGUGCCUUUGAGUACCUCAAUUUUGAGGAUCCAACUUGAGAACCUCUUAAAGGUGGCUUUUUUUUUCACCUGCCCUGACAAAUCAGGCCACUUAAACGUGUCCCAGAUGGGCACCUGGACUCAAGUUAAGAAAAUCUUGGAGGGGGGUGUAUAUUAACCCAAACAAAGACCCUUUGAAAGCUUCCCUUUUACUUACUCAGUGCUCUUCAAACUGCAGAGGGAAUCUUCCUUUGUCUCCUUCUAAAGCAACAACUUCCCUGCAGGCCUUUGCAACCCAAGCUUUGCAGCAAGUUCCCAGUGCAUGAGAAACUGAAAAUGAAACAGACUAGAAACAAAAGUUGAAACUGACCAGUCUCUGAGCUGAGAGAAAUGCAAACGGCUGAAGGUAAACUCCACUUAAAUUCUAUUGUUGCCUUUGUAUUAAGCUGGGCUGUUUGUAUUGGCUUUGAAACCUGUGUCCGUAGAACAGUUUAAAACCAA